GAGCGGUCCCCCGACUAUGUGGCUGGGAGGUUCCGCGGCUCCUGUCUUCCUGCUCUCCGGAGCUCGCUGUGCCCUGCGCGGAUUCACCUUUGUCUGGCUCCGGGGCAGCCCCCGCGGCUGCAGGCUGAUUAUGGCAAGCGGUGGGUGCGAGGCUCCUGAACGGAAGGACAGAGACCCCGGCUGCUCGGAGGACCCUCAGGAGCAGCCGCUUCUGAAGGGCGGCGCUGAACCCUCCGGGAAGCAGCAGCUCCCGGCCCGGGAGAAGAAGCAGGCGCCAGUUCCAGCCCUGUCCCCAACCUCUGACGGGCGGAAGAAGCGGCGGGGGCAGGUCGGGGAGCGCUUCGUGCCGCCCCCGAAGAAGCGGCGGGCCGGGGUCAGCUUCAGCGAGCAACACUUUGCCGAGACCAGCUAUUACUUCGAGGGCGGGCUGCGCAAGGUGCGGCCGUACUACUUCGACUUCCAGACGUACUGCAAGGGCCGCUGGGUGGGCCGCAGCUUGCUCCACGUCUACAGUACCGAGUUUCGCGCCCACCCCCUCUCUUUUUACGAGGCGGCCGCCAGGGCCGGCCGCCUGCGCCUCAACGAGCAGCCGGUGCGAGACCUCAGCGUUAUUCUUAAGGACAACGACUUCCUGCAGAACACCGUCCACCGGCACGAGCCCCCCGUGACAGCAGAGCCCAUUCGCCUGCUAGCAGAGGACAACGAAGUGGUGGUGGUGGACAAGCCCUCCUCCAUGCCUGUUCACCCUUGUGGUCGCUUCCGCCAUAACACUGUUAUCUUUGUCCUGGGCAAGGAGCAUCGGCUUAAGGAGCUGCAUCCUCUGCAUCGGCUGGACAGACUCACCUCAGGGGUGCUCAUGUUUGCCAAGACGGCUGCUGUCUCUGAGCGGAUCCAUGAACAAGUUAGAGAUCGUCAGCUGGAGAAAGAAUAUGUGUGCCGGGUGGAAGGAGAGUUCCCUGCUGAAGAAGUCACCUGCAAGGAGCCCAUCUUGGUGGUGUCCUACAAGGUGGGGCUGUGCCGUGUGGACCCACGGGGCAAGCCCUGUGAAACUAUUUUCCAGAGGCUGAGUUACAAUGGUCACUCUAGCGUGGUCCAGUGUCGGCCUCUUACUGGCCGUACCCACCAAAUCCGGGUACACUUGCAAUUCCUGGGCCACCCUAUCAUCAAUGACCCCAUUUAUAAUACAGCAGCUUGGGGCCCGGCCCGGGGCCGAGGUGGCCAUAUCCCUAAGACAGAUGAUGAGCUGCUAAGGGACCUGUUAGAAGAACACCGGGCUAAACAAAGCCUGGAUGUUCUAGAUCUCUUUGAAGGGGACCUACCCCCAGGUCUUAAACCCACCUCAGACACGUUUUUCAAGCAGGACUUGAAAGAGCCAGCUUCAACUCCAGAGGAGCCAAACCAAGCAGUCUCCCUUGAUUUGGACACAACAGAGCUGGCCCCCAGAGAGGCAGCUGGGUCAGAGCUUAAGAAUAAAGAGAUAGACCCUCUCUGUGAGGAAUGCCGUUUGGUGAGACAAGACCCCUUGCCUCAGGAGCUGGUGAUGUACCUCCAUGCCCUACGCUAUAAAGGGCCUGGCUUUGAGUACUCUUCACCCAUGCCUGCCUGGGCACAAGAUGACUGGAAGGAAGACUGAAGGGUGUGGUUCCUGGAUUGCCUUCUGCAUUGGAAGCAGGCCACCGUCCCUCACAGAGCUACUAUGGCUAGCACCCUUUAAUGAGGGAAAAUGUACGUUCUGUGUUGGCAUUUGGUCGCUAGAAAGGAGGAGUCUUGGGUUUUGAAAAGUUUGCUCUUUUUCAGAGCAAAGAAAAAAUUACAUACCUCAUUUGCCAUCCUACCUCCAGCCAGAGUUUUGGCAUCUCUUAGUUCUGCAAACGUUCCUUCCCAGUGUCUCUUUUUAGGGGGGUUGUUCUCUGAGCUUUUGGGGGCUGCUGCUUGGUCCCAUACCCUGUAACUGUACUUGGAUCCCUUCAGCCUUCCUUGUUAUGCAAGCAGAGUUUUUCUCUCUCCUGCAGAAAGUUUUUGUCCCUUCCACUGUGAUUUGAUUGCUUUUUCUCUAGGAAUAUGUAAUAUGGUACCUAGAUUUGUGAAAUGCUAUUUUAGUCAGGUAGGAAAUAUUUUUUAAAUGCAUUGUUUUUUACAUCAUGAUCUCUUCCCAAUUCUGUGUCUGUCUGUUCCCCCUACCCCAACAAAAAUUGUUAAGCAUAACUGCAAAUGACAGAUUAUGUAACAGGUCCCAGGCCCCAUAUUCUCCACCAAGAGGUGACAUCCCAACCGCAGUCAUCAGGAACCAACCUUGAUCACUGUAUUUCAUCUCAGUUCUGUUGUCAUUUGCAGUAAUGUGACCAUUGCACACAUGGUUCUCCUGGUUCUGCUUUCUUUGCAUUGUUAGCAGUUCAUACAGCAGUUCCUAGGGGCUCUGAAUUCCUCGUUAUUCUUUAGGUACAGUAAUAGUCUACAUAUGCCACAGUCGAUCUGUUCCCCAGUCAUUAGGCCCCUACUUUUGUUUCCAGUUUUUUGCUUCUAUAAGUAUUUUGGUUUGGAUGGGACCUAGGUAUGUUCUCAGUAGUGGAAUCAUGUGGUCCAAGAGUACAUACCCAGGUGACAAAAAGUAGAAAGAUCAAUGGAUUGAGUCAGAGGACCCAAGUUCAGAUCCCUACUCUUUACUCUUAUGAUCUUGGGCUAGUCACUUACAUCCUUGUUGGGCCUCAGUUUCUUCAUCUGGAAAAUACAGGCGUUGGAUUAGACAUGCCCUAAACUCCCUUCUUAGCUCUAAAUCUAUUCUACUUUGACUUUUCUCACAGACUCCAAAUUGAUUUUCAGAAUGGUUGUACCAAUUCAGAGCUCCGUCAACGGUGGUGUUGGGAUUGUUCCCAUAGCCCUCCCCUCUGAGAUUGAUUUUUUUUUUUUGAAUAGGUAAAAGAGGUUAUUCUUUGCCUCAUUUCUUCUUACCUACCCUUAAUCACUGACUGGACAUUGCCUCUGACAAACCGAGACCUAGGGAAGACCUUAACUGAAAAGUGCUAGGGUCUCCCACUGCAUCCAAUACUCCUGAGCAGUAUCUUGCCUCUGGACCCAGUUGGCUGUAGAGGAGAGAGUAAAGCUGAUAACUUCGCACUGCCCUGCCUCACUUAAUCCAAUUCACUUGCAAGUCAUGACAUCAUGUUUGUGCCCCAGGGAGAAAGGCAUUUAUGUGCAAAUUAUAUAUGUGUAGGUCCCUAGUUGGAAGGGUUUAGACUGCUGGAGUGAGGUCAGUGUUGGCUAAGUAUUAGCAUUUAUUUGGUACCUUAAGAAUCCUUAAUUUCAUCAACUUUGGGCCAUCCUCCACUAAUGCAAAUUGCAACUACUCUUCAACUUGAGAAACCAACAGUGACUUGCUCUGCCAAAAAAAAAAAAUAGUUCAUCCUCCCAGGUGCUUAGCCCCCUAGUGAGGAUCCUCUUGGCAUUUAAAUUUUUUUUCACUUAAUAGUAUUUUAUUUUUUUCCAAUUAUAUGUAAAGAUAGUUUUCAGCAUUCAUUUUUGUAAGAUUUUAAGUUCCAAAAUUUUUUCCCUCCCUCCCCUCUCCCCAAGACUACAAGCCGUCUGAUAUACAAUCAUGUUAAACAUAUUUCCACAUUAGUCAUGUUGUGAAAGAAGAAUCAG